CCCACUGUUGAAGCAUGUGCCAAUGGAAUAGUACACAUCAGUGAAUGUUUGUGCUGAGGUUUGGCUUUGCCACACAGCAUUGCUUAGACUCUGAGGAGGGAGGGAGGGAGGACUGAGACAUGAGGGGGGAGUUCUGAACAUGAUAUGUGGCCAGAGCUGGUGUGUGAGUGAAAUAACAGGCACGUCUGCAUUCCCCUUCCUUAGGGAGAGCACAUACAGGAGAGAGAUUUCUCCUGAGGAUGUCCUAAAAUGCUUCCCGUAGAUCCUUGCUUCUUACCAUGUGACUUGUAGACUCUUUAUGCACCUGGCUGGUCAGGGUUUCCAGCUCUCUCCUGAUCGUGGCAGCGCAGGGUGAGUCUGCCUUUCAUUGCAAUACAUUAUGUUGCUGUCAGGAACAACAUGCUUUAGUUGGGUUGAUCACAAAAGAGAAGAAAUUGUCUUGAACCACACAAAGCCAAAAUCUGCCCCAAAAUGGGGAGGACUGGUUUAUUGAUAUGGUCAGUAAUACUAUGCAUAUCUGUGGAAAAAAUAGAGGCUUCAACAGAAAAUGGCUUCUCGUUUUUAAAGGUUGGUGCAAUCAGUAACGAGUCACAAUGCAGGAGGGAGUGCAAACUUGCCAAGCUCUCAGGAGAACUUCCCUGUAACUGGUCUGUACUGGUACACAACCAAUGUGUCUUUCUGCAUUGCUAUAAUCUGAAGCUUUGUCGUAAGGCUGGAUCAAGCCAAAUAUUACAGAGGUUGUUCGACAAAAAACCCCAUAUGGAAAGAAGAAAAAGAAAUGAUCGAAAAUCUGUUGCCUAUAGGAACACUGCAUAUAAAUUAAAACGAUCCCUAGCAAGGAGAUUUGUUAAACAGAGUCGGGCUGUCAAAAGGCAAUCAGUUUCAGAUGAAACCGUUGACACACACAAUACAACUUCUACCAGCACAGAGGGUUCUCUGACCGCUACAGCAACUGGCCUUACAACAACUGCAAAGCCAUCAACUACCACAUCCAUUUUAAUAACAACUGCUAUAAAGCCAUCAACUUCCACAUCCAUUUUGACAACUGCUACAAAGCCAUCAACUUCCACAUCCAUUUUGACAACUACUACAAAGCCAUCAGCCACCACAACUACAAAGGCUUCGACCACCAAAUCGGCUGAGACAACAACAACGUUGUCAACCAGCACUUCUGCUAUUACAGCAACCACCAGCGAACCAGCCACUCCAACAACAAUACUUAACCCUACAUUCAACACAAAACGUCAUGUAGACAUAGUAACAAACACAACAGCUGUUUCAAAAACCCAAGUUGCAACUGAAAUGGCAGAACAAUUACAUCCAUUAUCCACCAUAAAGCAAAUAGGAACAGUAAGCACUAUGUCAAAAACAUUUCCAACAAAUGUAAUAAGCUUAACUACCAAAACGUUAUCAUUUGAACAGGAAACUUCUAAGCAAACAAUCAAUUUUACCUUAACCACCAAAUCUACAACCACAAAAGCCACAACCUUGCAGCCAACCUUAGAAAUAGACUUGUUGACUACCACAAUGUCCGAGGUUGCACCAACUACCUCCUUUCAAGCUACAACCAUGAUAACCACUGCAAUAACCACAUUAUCAACCACCGCAGUGCCAACUUCAUUGUCUGCCACAGUGCCAACACCAUCCACUGAAGUGCCAACAGCAGCAUUGACCACCGCUGUGCCAACAACCGCAUCAACCACCACAGUGCCAACAACAUCAUUGACCACCAUAAUGUCAACAAAUGUAGUUCCUGAUAUUUUGUCAUUAAUGACAAGUGCCACACAGUCCCCAGACAAGAUAACUAUGCCAACACCCAAGCAAACUGCAUUUCCCUCUACUGUUUCCAACAUUGGUUCAACUGUUGGAUUAUCAGCAGAAGUUACAAGCCAAAAUAAAGAUGAUGGGGGUGUAUAUGAUGUCUCGGAGGAGGUAACAAAGCAAGUCCAGAAUACUAGUUUUUUGUUAGCAGUGCUUUUGUUGGGGAACUUAUUGUUCGUAGCUAUUAUAGUUGUGUUUUCUCUUCAGGCUUAUGAGAGCUAUAAAAAGAAAGACUAUACUCAAGUAGAUUACUUAAUUAACGGAAUGUAUGCAGAUUCAGAAAUAUGAAGCCAAUAUGCGAACUUAUUUUCAUCAUUUCAUGGGCAUAAGCAAUUUAUUUACUGUUUACUUUAUUUACUACUAGCAAAGCUACAUCAAGUCUUAACAUCCAAAGUGAACAAACUACAACUCUAAUUGAAUUCUUGGCUGCUAAAUGGUAAGAACUAAAUGGUUUCAUAGGGUGGAUAGAAGUAGUGUGUACCUGAGCUGCCUAAAUGUGCUAAAUUCUGAAAGUAAACAGUAACUUUCUGAGGUUUUCAUUGCAGAAUUUAUAUUAAAACACAUUCCAUGGCAAUGAAAAGUGUGACUCUUCUAACAAAAACUUACAGUUUGUACAGAUCUAAGCAGACCUUAACUGACUUGUGGUGCUCCUCAACAGAGUUCAUCCUGGGCUUGCAUUUCAUGGACCUCUAUACAUUGAAUAACAUUCAAUAAACUUGCACAUCAAAGCCUUCUAGUUUCACAGAUCAUAUGGUACAUGUGUGCAAUCACGAGCCUGAUCUAUUGUUAUAGUCUCCACCCUUUGUUUUUCCAGUGUAUUUCAAAAUGGUUGUAAAACUUAUAAGCUUCCAUCUUGGAUGGGAACCUUUUGUUUGAUUUUGCAAUCAGUCAUUAUAAGGAAGAGCAUACUUAACCCAUAUAUGCUUUGCUUAUGGGGAAACCCCAGCACAUAAUUUUGGGAAGAGGUUUUACAUUUUGUGUAAUGUUCUUUUGAUGAAUUACAGGUUUUAUACAUAUGAAGUGCUUCCAAAUUGCGUGUUGUGCAGCCGAGAUAGUUGUGCACACUGCGAUUUUCCCUUCAGCAAGAUGAGUGAAUAACAUGUUAUCCUAAUUAUACGUAAAUAUAAAUAUAUUUUGUUACACAUCAA